AUGCCUCGUCCACCCCUACGACAUAUCCUCUGGCCAAAGAUUUGUUCUGGUUCUGGUCCUGCCCAUUGCCAUUCUCACACUACUGCAAGAUGGCACAUCUUCGCAUAUGAGCAGUUGAACCUUAUUCGUUCUCCACCGGCUGUCUGGAAGGUUAUUAACGAGGCACUCCAUGAUAUGAUGAGGGUACAUUGCGGUGGCAGUGUCGAUGACCUUGCGGAAUCAGCAUGUAUCGUGCGUGCAUUUGUGCAAUUACGGGUCUGA